AAUUAUGAGAGAUAGGCCGAUAAACCGUUAGAUUUUAACAAUAAUACUUUAUUUCUAUUUUACCAGGUUAUGUAGCGACCUAUGAAUUUUAGGAGCAGUGAUACGAAACUCUAUUGGUGUUAGAGCCUACUUUUGUGGAUAGUUUACAACACUGGGCCAGACUAAAACCGUAAGCUUUUCAAUGUUAUGAAAUAUUAUCAUAAAACUAACUAUACAUUUUUAUAUUUGAGAUAUUGAUAACCUAUCGUAGGUAAUUCAAGUUAAAUAUAUUGGCGUCAUACCGAGGUAAAAACCCAACUCCGCUACCUUCUAGGGAUUUUUCUUUGAGCUACCUUGAUAAAAGUAGUUUGCUCAAUCGUUGGAGAAGUGGACUUUCAUUUUUUCCACUCAUCUACCCUGCGGAUUACUAAAUUGCACUUCAUCAAUAGAUCCUAUCAGCUAAUCAGUUUUAUCAUUUCGUUUUUCAACAACCGUUGAAAGUAUUUUACCGAACUAAUCAUGUCUGCUGAGGAGGAGAGAUUCAAACUGGUCGUCGUGGGCGGGGGCGGUGUGGGGAAAAGCGCCUUGACAAUACAAUUCAUUCAGGUGAGAGAAUCCCCCAACUGUUUGAUCAUUGUCAACUGUGUGUUGUUUGUCUUGAAUUUGUCACAUCUUCUGAUAUGACGAGUAUGUUAUAGUGGUAAUUGAAUAUGUGCAUGUUAACCCAUAUAGGCUAAAUAGUGUAGGCUAUUUGGUUAAAAACAUCGCUUUCCUCAUAACCACCAAAGCAAUAAUCACCACUUUUACCAGACAACAAACACAGUCUUCACCCAUGCUCUCCCAUCUCUUUCGCAGUCAUACUUUGUAUCGGAUUAUGACCCCACCAUUGAAGACUCCUACACCAAAAUAUGCACAGUGGAUGGGAAAGAGACACGAUUAGACAGUAAGUCAUACUGUAGGUUUACUGACAUUCUUUGCUCCAAACAUAGAGGGAAAGCGUAAACUACUUGAGCCAGUCUGUAUGAUUCACCCACAUCUGCUCUGUUGGGACUUGCAGUUGGCAGAUGUUGAUACUCUAAGCCAAGGUGUAGUCUUUUCACUAUGCCGUAACAAAAUUGUUUCUGUCCAUCUGUGUUCAUAUUCAAGGGAUAUAACAAUAUGUAAGUGUACUUACUAUGGCCUGUUGGCCUUUGUCGAGUCUGUUAACCCUGGGCAUUUACAUCUAAAAGGACCCAUGAGGACCAACAUGAAGUUCAUAGGAGCAUGUCAAAUGAAAGCUAAGUCUAUAUAAAAAAUAAAGACAUAAAUACAUUUUCAACCAUUUUCCAUCCUAAAAAUGAGGAACAAUCAAAGGCUUUGAUUUCUGUUCGAACAGAAAAUUGUCUUAGACAAUUUUUUAAAGGUAUUAUAAAUACAUCAAAACACAAUAAUGUUGAAGUAAAGACCCCUGCCAACUAAUAUCAACACUUAUAUUUAGUUCUAGAGAAAUGAUUUGCCUUCUGUAAGUUUAAGAAACAUUGCCUUGUCUUGUAAUAACCCACAUAUCUUUAAGAUAUUUUCUAAUGAAAGUUCACAGAAGUAACAAGCAAAGGUAGACCUACUAAUUAGUUAUAGGGUUCGUACUGAUAUCAAGUUUGUUUAUGAAUUAUUAAGUGAUUAAAACGUGGCAUUCUGUUAUCAAAUCUGUAAUGGAAUUACUGAACAAUCAGUAAAGGAAUUACUGCGAUUGAAUUGGCUAAAAUGGGAAGUCAGUAGUCACAAAACAUUUAGAUUUUUACAAUUGUGUCAUUUAGCAGAUGCUCUUAUCCAGAGCGACUUACAGUAGUGAGUGGAUACAUUUUUGUACUUUUUCUCCAUACUGGUCUCCCGUGGGAAUCAAACCCACAACCCUGGCGUUGCAAGCGCCAUGCUCUACCAACUGAGCCACAUGGGACAUUUGGGUCCACAGUUGGGUCACCUGCUACUGUCCUCCCUUCCACUGGCAUACUGUUAUGUUCAGCUCAUAACUGUUUUCUUUCUCUUUCUUUCGUCUGGUGGUCAAAGCAGUCUGGACAACCCCUCUCUCUCUUUCUCUUCUUUCUCUCUCCAGUUAAUGUCACCUCACCCAACUCUUACUGACACCUACUACCCUCUUUCCAUUUACUGUAACAAGCAUCCUCAACCACUGAGCACCAACCGACACCGGACCUCCUUGGAUGUUAAAAAGUAAUAGAAAUUUGGUCAGUUCGCCCUGGCCGGACCAAAUCUGAACCAAUCAUAGACGUCUAUGUUUCACAAGUUUGGACAGUACAGUAAAGAAAAUGUAGUACAGCAGAGCACACUAGAGUACAGUAUAUUAUACUGUACAUAACAUAUCUACUGUUCUGAACUGUACUCUACUGUGCUGUACUGUAAUGUCCAAACUUGAGAAACAUAGACGUCUAUGAUUGGUUCAGAUUUGGUCUGGUCCGGACCAACCAAAUCUGGUCUUGUUUGGGGGCAGAGCUCAUUAGAAUAAUAGCCAGUGUGUACGAUAAUACCCAAAUAUGCAAAAUAAGGAUAUUGCAUAUUUCUACCUUUUGUGUACUGUGUACGGUAGCGAGGGGUGGCGUAAACAGAGGAAGAGUGGGCUUUUUUAAGUUGCAAAAAUCUAAAUGAUAUAUUUAAUGUUCACCAAAUGAAACUCGGCCGGUUCAAGAAAGGGGAAACAAAAUCCAUGCCCGGUUCAGAGCACUUCACUUACAAACCAAAGAUCCUUUUGAUAAUCACCUAAUUAAAUAGUCUAUUUUGUGGCCAAACCUGGCUUUGGCUCGCGGCUACGGGAAUCACUCACGCAAUCUUCCUCUUUUAAGCCGUUCUUUGUCUCUCAAUGUCCUCUUCUGUCAUUUUUAUCCUCUCUUCGUUCUAUAUUUCUCCUUAUUUCUUUGUCCGUUCCUUUCUCUCCCCCCCCCCUCCUCUUUUUCUUGUGCGUAAUUGCCCCCUUCCCUUCACCUGUGCUGGUAAUAAGGGGUGUGUUAGGGGAAUCCUGUGAUGUCGGCGGGAUUCCUGGAGUUGCCCUGCCCUUCUGACUCCCAUUGGCCCCCACACCUCUGGAUGGUUCAGGAUACAUCACCAUGAAGCGAAUGAUAUUCAUAUCCAUAAUUAUGCAUUUCUGUAUAGUACAGAUCAGGGAUGUAAAUCCACUUCACCUACUGUAGUUCAAUAACCAAAAUACUUUAUUUUAAACUCAAGGUGUCAUGUCAUAACUGACACCCCAUUCUUUCUGCAGACAUCUUUUAAUCUUAAUUUGGAGCAGAUAUUUAACAGUUUUUGGAAAACGUGACAAAGCAAAAACUGGUUUUAGAGAUUUUUUUCAAAUGUAUUAAAAAUAAAAAACAGAAAUGCCUUAUUUACAUAAGUAUUCAGACCCUUUGCUAUGAAACUCGAAAUUGAGCUCAGGUGCAUCCUGUUUCCAUUGAUCAUCCUUGAGGUUUCUUCAACUUGAUUGGAGUCCACCUGUGUUAAAUUCAAUUGAUUGGGCAUGAUUUGGUAAGGCACACACCUGUCUAUAUAAGGUCCCACAGUUGACAGUGCAUGUCAGAGCAAAAAUCAAGCCAUGAGGUCGAAGGAAUUGUACGUAGAACUCCGAGACGGGACUGUGUCGAGGCAGAGAUCUGGUGAAUGGUACCAAAAAAUGUCUGCAGCAUUGAAGGUCCCCAAGAACACAGUGGCCUCCAUCAUUCUUAAAUGGAAGAAGUUUGGAACCACCAAGACUCUUCCUAGAGCUGGCUGCCAGGCCAAACUGAGCAAUCGGGGGAGAAGGGCCUUGGUCAGGGAGGUGACCAAGAACCCCAAUGGUCACUCUGACAGAGCUCCAGAGUUCCUCUGUGGAGAUGGGAGACCCUUCCAGAAGGACAACCAUCUCUGCAGCACUCCACCAAUCAGGCCUUUAUUGUAGAGUGGCCAGACGGAAGCCACUCCUCAGUAAAAGGCACAUGACAGCCCGCUUGGAGUUUGCCAAAAGGCACCUAAAGGACUCUCAGACCAUGAGAAACCAGAUUCUCUGAUCUGAUGAAACUAAGAAUGAACGCUUUGGCCUGAAUACCAAACGUCACGUCUGGAGGAAACCUGGCACCAUCCCUACGGUGAAGCAUGGUUGUGGCAGCAUCAUGCUGUGAGGAUGUUUUUCAGCGGCAGGGACUGGGAGAAUAGUCAGGAUCGAGGGAAAGAUGAACGGAGCAAAGUACAGAGAGAUCCUAGAUGAAAACCUGCUCCAGAGCGCUCAGGACCUCAGACUGGGGCGAAGGUUCACCUUCCAACAGGACAACGAAAAACCUGUUUUUGCUUUGUCAUUAUGGGGUAUUGUGUGUAGAUUGAUGAGGGGGCAAAAACAAUUAAAUACAUUUUUGAAUAAGGCUGUAAUGUAACAAAAUGUGGAAAAAGUCAAGGGGUCUGAAUACUUUCCGAAUGCACUGUAUGUCACUGUAUCCAUAUAUUUAUCUCUGUGGACGUACAUCUGAAUCUGUGUGUGUGUGUGUGUGUGUGUGUCAGUCUUGGACACAGCAGGUCAAGAGGAGUUUGGGGCAAUGAGGGAGCAGUACAUGCGCUCAGGAGAAGGCUUCUUGCUGGUGUUUGCUCUGAAUGACACUGGCAGGUAAGAAUCGUGUGUGUGUCUGUCUCUCUGUUUGGGUGGAUGCAUGUACACAGUCGAACUCGAGUCACAGGCAAACUGUAGAUUCAAACCAGUGUUCCCAACUACACAACAUACUCUGAAGUCCUCAGAGCUAAAGCAUUUGUCAGGGCUACAGUACUCAAGGUUUCAGGAAGGCAACUUCACUGUUUUGUGAUUAGGGAUGCACAUUUCGGUGAAUUUUGUUGCCGACUAACUGACCCUCAUUAAACGGUCAACGAACUGUAAAAAAAAUUCCAAACAGUCAAUUUACGUGACCAACAGAAAAUACUAUCAGAGAUCUGUAUAUAAUGUUGAGACGCUUAUGUUUUUGCUCUAACAAUGGGAGUCGUCCCAAGGCGGGAGGGCAGGUGACAAGCCUAGGCCCAAAAUAAGCCCAAAGAAACGCAUUGGACAGUAUUUGACAGAUUUUGGCGCUUCGCCUCUUCCUCUCUGAUACUAUGCAUGCAUACAAGGACCAGACAUUUUUCAUUAAGAGCUUAUGGCGAAUGGGAGACGUGCUUUACGAGUUGAGAUUGAGAAAUAAAAUAGCUCCUUUUUAACACGCAGUUGCAUUUAGAAUUGUUAUUUGUUGCGCAAUGACUGGGCUUACAAAAGCAGGUUUCACUCCAGUAGCCUGCAGGCUUUUUGAGGAGCUACUCUUGUGCUGUCUGGUAGGCUAUUCCACUCCUUAAACUAGGCUCUCUGUAUGCUGUGCAUGUGUGAUAAAUAAAAUGUUUGACGACUAAUGAAUACACAUGCUGCAAUUUAAUGUAACAAAAUUAUGCAAAGUAACCUAUAGACCAGGGUUCCCCAACUGGCGUCCCGAAUUUGGCCUGUGGGUGGUUUUAUUUGCCCCCCCCCCCCCCCCCAAGUUUUCUGAGCAAAAAUUAAAUAAAUACAUUUGCAUUUUCAUUGUUGGACAUAAGACUAAAAAUACCAUGAAAUCAGCUCCAAGUGUAUUUAAUUUAGGAAAUCUGUUCCCAAGUAUUCCAACGCAUAAUAGAGAGACGUGACCGUAAACAAAUAAUAAAUAAUAAUUGAUUGGAUUUAUAAAGCACUUUUCUACCAACUGAGGUACUCAAUGCGCUUUAUAUAGUAGGGGGAAACUCACCUCAACCACCUCAGUGAUGCACGGCAACCAUUUUUGUGCCAGAACUCUCUACACAUCAGGUGGAGAGGUGAGGAGUGAUAUCUGCCAAUUAGGAAUGAGGGGGAUGAUUAGGUGGACAUGAUGGAAUGUGGCCAGGUAGAACAUUUUGCCAGGACACAGGGGUGAACACCACUACUCUUACAAUAAGCGGCAUGGGAUUUUGAAUAACCGCAGAGUCAGGACACCCGUUUAACGUCCCAUCCGAAAGACGGCACCCUGCGCAGGGCAAUGUUCCCAAAUGUAAUCAAGGUUUGAAAUGAUUAUUUUAGUAUAACAUUAUAUCUGUUUAGGCUUCUUGUGGUCAAUUUGCAGUCUAACUUUUUUUAUUGAUUAUUAUGUUCCGGCCCCCCCGACCAUCCGCUCAAUAAAAAAUUGGCCCGCAGCUGAAUCUAGUUGAUGAUCCCUGCUAUAGACCGAUAAUCAGGACUGGUCAAAUGAAGUUUCAGCAGCUAUUUGCGACGCAAGCGCAGUACACUCAUGGUCAAGUGUUGAGGCGUUCAAGCCAUGGUCAGUAUUACACUUAGUCUAUACAGUGUUUUCUGAUUGAGGCUAUGCAACCCUAAUCACAGAGUGAUGCUACAGUAACUAGGGGAAGUGAGACUUGUUAUAGGCGUUCACCUCUCAUAAGAGUCGCAUUCAUGACAUGGUGUCAAAUACAGGCAGCAUAAAGAGCUGCUGUAGUAGUUCUCUAUGACUUGAAAGGUGGAUGGGUGCAAGUGCACCUAAACAGUGUGAUGUUAGUUUAGAUUGGUUGUGAAGCUCCUAUGAAUUGCAACAAACCUUUGCCCUCUUAUGCGCUGUGUAAUGCAUCUUAAAGGUGCACUGCAGAAGUCCUGUCCCCAUGCGGCGACGAGUCUAAGUAUAAACACAACAUUCUAAGAACAUAUGUAAACCAUAGAGCAUAGCCUAGUAUAACAAUUGUCCGUAUUUAUUUAUGAUCUGUACCUCCCCCGCAGACUUGACUCCUGCCAGGUCACACAGGAUGCCUGGCUUGCUUUGGCAGGGCUCGAUGGGUGUCCUUUGUGUCCUGGUAGGACCCAGGCUACCCCUCCCACUUCUAUUGUUUGUUGUCAAGUUUGAAUGUUGGUUGUCACUGUGCUGUUGUUGUCUUUGUACAUUUUAAAUAAGAGUAUUCAAUAAAACAAGAAACAACAAAAAAGUAGUUGGAUUUAUGCCAAUGAAUAUGACUCUUCUUUGCUUUAGGGGGCAUAUACACUCGCAAAGAGCCUCUCCUGACAAUCCUCCACAAAGCUGCUUUUUUAACAGUAAAUGUAACUAAUGGAUUGCACCUUUUUAAGGACAUAAAGGACUUAUGAUCAGUUCCUAAUGUGUUCUCAUUUCGGCCACUUUCCUUUCCUUUUUUCAGUUACAAUGAGAUCCACAAGUUCCACACCCAGAUACUGAGAGUGAAGGACCGGGAUGACUUCCCCAUGGUGCUGGUGGGCAACAAGGCUGACCUGGACCAGUCGAGAGUGGUACUGGCCUUCACUGUCACUCUCAUUGUCAUGUUAAAGGAGAUAUUCUGCUAGCUAUAAUAAUGCCAAUUUAGAUCCUACUGGUUCAAAAUCUCAGGCCUCGAAAAGACGUUUGAGUUGCCAACAGGUGGCGAGUGGCUACAAGUGUUUUUUUGGCUAGAUCUAAUACCACCUUCUUAUUCUUACUCAGUUUACCGGAAUAAGGAAAUGAAACCGCUGCUGGCCUGGCGGGUGCUUUUAACCUGAGUGUAUGUACCUCUCUCUGUCCUGUCUGUAGAUCUCCAGAGAGGAGGCCCAGGGCUUUGCCAGAGAGAACAGGAUCCAUUACAUGGAGGCCUCUGCUAAGAACCGCUACAACGUAGACGAAGCCUUCCUGGAGGUGGUGCGAGCUAUAAGGUAACGUCAUAACAUUAACAGCUAGCUGCAAGGUAGGCUGUUUUAAAUAUAUAAUUAUAUUGCAGAAAGCUGUAAGGUAAUUUAUAAUAAGUCAUCAUGUUUAUAGCUAGAUGAUUAGAAGAGUUGGUGACCAGAGGCAGAGUUGAGAGCAUGGCGCUUGUAACGCCAGGGUAGUGGGUUCGAUCCCCGGGACCACCCAUACGUAAAAAUGUAUGCACACAUGACUGUAAGUCGCUUUGGAUAAAAGCGUCUGCUAAAUGGCAUUAUUAUUAUUAUUAUUAUUAUUGAGGGACAGACAUUGUGGUGUCCAUUACAGCCUACUGCUGAGUCGAAGUAUCCAAUGCUUUUUCCCUCACUCUCUCCCACUCCCUCUCUGUCUCUCUCUCUUUCAUUCUCUUUUUAAAAAAACACAGAAAGUUUCAGGAGACUGAGAGUCCCCCUCUACCUGCAAACCACACAGGAAAACGGAAGAGCGGUGGCUGCCCCUGCACCCUCCUUUAACUGCUCCCUCCACUGGCAUAGCACUGUUGUCACAGAGACCAAAACCCCCUCACCUCACCACUGAUGCAAGUCUUGUCUGACUUACCUGGAGGGAAAUGGGAAGAUUGGGCAAGGGAGGGAAGAGAUAUAUACUUGGAAAUGCAAAAAAAUGUAUGGUGAGGUUUGGGGAAUGGGGCAGGGAUGUGUGUGUGUGGGAGAGGUUGCUUACGUCAAUGGUGGGCAAAGUGGUGGAGUGUACUUUUUUUUUAUGGUUUCAUUCACACUUAGAAAUUAGCAUCUUCAAACUUUUUUUUAUAUACUUUUUUUGUAUUUGCGGUUUUGUUAUUUCAUUAUUGAGCUAGGAUGUAUAGGGAGAUGCGUUGCGCUAGAUGAGAAGAGAGCGAGAGAUGAGUCCACAGACUAAAGAGAGAAAGAAGAGGGAUGGUAAGGAGGGAGAUCUCACAGAUACUGUGUUUUGGUUAGCUUCCUACGUUGGGUCAACCUGAUGGAAGUCACUGGUUUGACAUUGCUGAAAGGAACGGAUCAUUUAGAAACUAGAGGGCGCUGCCAUUCAUACCUACAACAGAAAAGGAAGGGAGCCCAGUUCAAUGGAAUAGAUGAAUUCCAUUUUUGAAAGACAGAAUGGAAAAGAGUGAGAUAAAGAAGAAGCAGAAUGAGAGUGAAAGGAUAAAUAAAAAAAUAAAAAAUUGGUCAUUUAGCAGACGCUCUUAUCCAGAGCGACUUACAGGAGCAAUUAGGGUUAAGUGCCUUGCUCAAGGGCACAUCGACAGGUUUUUCACCUAGUCGGCUCGGGGAUUAGAACCAGCGACCUUUCGGUUACUGGCACAACGCUCUUAACCACUAAGCUACCUGCCGCCCUAUGUAUUUGAAACACUGGUACUUUUUCAGUGUAGUGUCCAUGACCACAGAAUAUAUCAUAUUUUUUGCACAACUUCAUCUUAUGGACUGGUAGGCAAAAGUAGUUUGACACUAAAGUGCUAUUGUUUAUUUUAAAAUGACGGGGUGGAUGUUUAGGCGUGUCCAGGUACUUUUGUCUAUGCAUACAGGUGUAGGCCUGCUUUUUAAGUCAUUUUUAUUGUAAUGCUGUUUGCAACUGUUUUAAUGUCACACCUGUACCAACCAUGUGCAUCAAGGAGUUCGUUUUUGAAUUGUAUUAAAUGAAUGAGUCAAAGCUAAUGAAGAUCUGUUGAUAAGCUGAAGACAAGGCAUCAUUCCUGUCGACCAAAAUAAUUGUGGGUCCAACAAUGCGAACAAAUGCAGUAUAUUUAUAAUCUUGAUGUUAUGUAAAGAUCAAUAGAGUACAGGCUUAACUGAAUGAACAACAGAGACAGAAUGCAAUGUGGAAUUUUAUUAAAUAGUUUGUGGUAUGGCCUCGUCUCCGGGGAUUGCUUCUCAGAGCCAGAUGCUGAUGACGGGUAGCCCUUUACUGGGCAGCUGGCAUCGGAAAACAAACCCCCUGCCGGUUAUUAUAGCUGGUGGUUGUGGGGAGGUGGAUGGUUGUCGACAACUGUUGAUGUAAAACAGGAAGUUUGAGAACAUGGGUAAGUUAACAUAUAAAUACAUCCCAAGAUUUACGCCCAUUGGUUGAGAGAGAUGAUGGUGAUAAUUGCAAGAGCGAGCCCAUAGGUUGAACAGCAAGUAUGAGGAAUGUGCAUUAUUGUGCGGUGCUUAUAGGUAGAUGGGGGAAUGACAAUCCGCACGUGGCUAAUAGGAAAGACGAGAAGACGCUAUGCUGAUGAUAAUACGUUUGUAUUCAUUCCCACUAUGCCCGCAUAAUAGGAAGCUAAGUAAAUUAUGUUAUGCUUACUUAAUGAAGUUAACCGAGCAUUCAGACAAGCAUUCCUGAU